GUUUGAGGCAAUCCUCUGGGUCUCGAACGGGCGGUCCCUGGUUACAAGUCACAGCCGGGCACGGGGGGCAAAAGGAUUCUCCCCUUCAAAAUAUAGCUAUGGCGACCAAGCGCAUUGCAAAAUCUUCCAUUGACUGGGCUGCAUUUGCCAAGAGGGUUCCAGAAGGCCAGAAAUCUAUGUAUCUGCAGUUCAAGGCGAAGUCGGACGGUUAUCUUCGUCGGGUACUGGCCCAGCCAGAGAACAUGCCUGCGUUAGAUUGGGCACAGUACUCGUCCCGUCUGGGUACCGCAGGCAUGGUGGACCAGUUCAAGAAGCAGAUGGAAGGCCUGAAGAUCCCCUAUCCUGAGGACAAGGUCUCCCCACAGAUUGACAGCCAGGCAAAGGAAGCGGAGCAGCAGGUGCGCAAGUUCACGACGGACUCGAACGCACGCAUCGACGGCUACAAGGCUGAACUGGCCAAGUGGGACACGGUGCCGGCCUUCGACCAGAUGACCAUGGAGGAGUUCCGCGAGCACUUCCCCGACCUCGCGCUGGACCCCGUGAACCGGCCCACGUACUGGCCGCACACGCCCGAGGCCCAGCUGCCGGACGAGCCGGCCGAGCACUGACCGACGCGACCGUGACGUCAUCACUGACGUCACCGCUACCGGCCAGACUGUAACAUGAGAAUGUAGAAUACAUAUGCGCGUGGAGGGAUACGCAGCGGUGUGUCA